AUGGAAGCAGUUUUUAAUAUAUACACAAAAAAUAUGCCUGAUAUGGACAGUAGAACCUUUGUCAAAAUUUUAAAAGACUCAAAAUUGCUGAAUAAAAAAAUAACAGCAGUUGAUGCAGAUCUUACUUUUGCUAAAGUGAAAACAAAAGGAUCUAAAAGAAUUAAAUAUGACCAAUUUGUUGAAGCAAUAAGACAUAUAACUGAGAAAUAUAAAUUAGAUUAUGAUCAGUUUGUUGAAAAAUUAUGUAAUGAAGCUUCAAAUGGCCCAAUAUUAUAUGGAACAAAAGCUGAAGCAACUAGAUUUCAUGAUGACAAAUCAACAUAUACUGGUGUGCAUAAAUUAGGGGGACCAACAACUGUUGAUAAAAAUCGAACACAAUUUUCAGACAUAUCUGAAAUCACUGACCGUUCUGAAUGUAACAUAAGAGGAGUUAAUCUUAAUGUCGAAAAAAAUAUGUAA